AUGUCUGAUCCCAAGAAGAAGAUUGAAGGCGAAAUUGAUCGAUUCGAUGAUGUUUUCCAUGGUCAUGGAGAUGAUAUCAAUGUCAAGGAGGAUGAGAAUAUCGAUUAUGAUCAAUUCUUUUCGGAUUUUCAUAAAAAUGAUGAUACCAAUAUGGAAAAUAUUGAUUAUGAACAGUUUUUUACAGAGUUUUAUUCAAAUGAAGAAGCAAAAAUGGUUACAAGUGAUUAUGAAGAAUUUUUUACUGAAUUUUAUUCCAAUGAAGAAAAUAGGAAAAAAGAAACUAUUCCGACACAAGAUUUAACUACUGAAGAACAACAUUUAUCUCAAAAACUGUCUCAAUUAUCUGCAGCUGAUGAACAGCAAAAUCAACGAAACGAAUCUACGACAGCAACAACUGAGAAAAAACGUCCACCACUAACACCAUCGACGCCGAUAGCACCGGCGAAAAAACUGAAAGGUGACAUCAUUGAACAAACAUGUGCUAGUAGUGGAAGUAGUGGCGACGUUAUGCCAGAAUAUUUAUCCGAAUCCAAUCAAACGUUUGCAACAAUAAUCGAUCCAGUGCUUCAAACAAGUGCUAGUGCAAUUCAUAUAGGAGAUCUACAACAGAUUGCUCUACUA